UUAUAUCGUUUUUUAUUACAUAAAGAGGGGGUGUAUAAUAGAAAGUGGGUAUAUCGAUGAAACAAAGAGUCUGGACAACUUUGUCAUAUAACUUUUUUUUUUUCAUUUGCAUUUGCAUUUGCUUUAUAUGUAUUAGACUACAAGGAUUUGAGAUCAAGGCAUUCUUUUAUUUGUAUAUUGAGUACAGUAUAUUCAAGGUUUUAUUUUAUUAUCUUCCGUAACCCCAUUUAGGUAGUAGUGAACACAUAAAAUGAAAAGUAACUGCGAGUGACUUGAAUUCAUUGUUGAACAAAUGAAGCUCUUUAUGACGUUGUAUAUGAACUGAUAUGA